UUUAAUUAAAAUUACCAACAAGGAGGAAAAAAAAAAAAAGAGGAGGAGGUGGUGGUGACAGCACACGAAAUGGACGGUUGGGUAUAAGCCAAUUCUGUAAUCUUCUUGUUAACACCUCCUUCUUCUCCUCCGUUUAUCCUCAAAUUAAAAGUCAAUCAUAUCAAAUCCCAAAUCCUCCCAGAUGUUUUUAUCAUCUUCUUCUUCCUGAAGAUUUGAUUUCAUUUUCCUCUCUUUCAGAUCCCUAUUCUCAUGGCUUCUGGAUCUUACUGGUGCUAUAGUUGUAGCCGAUUCGUUUGGGUUUCCGAUUCAAUCUCUUGCCCUGAUUGCGACGGUGGUUUCCUCGAACUCAUCCAAGAGCCUCUCGAUUUCACACCUUCCGAUUCCUUCACCACCACCACCACCACUCAACAUCGCAGCCCCACUCGCUUCCCUCCUCCUUCUUCUUCUUCCUCCACCCCAUCCGCUUCUAUGCACGCCGAUAACAGUCCCACUCCUACCAUCGUUACUCGUACACGAAGCAAUCGAUCUCCUAAUCCAGUUAUUGUUCUCCGUGGAUCUGCUGCUGCUCCUUCUUCUGAUGUUGUUUCCGAAGGUUUAGAUCGAUCUGCUUUUCAGAUGUAUUACGAUGAUGGUACUGAUUCUGGUCUUAGACCUUUACCACCGAGUAUGACUGAGUUUUUGUUAGGUUCUGGAUUUGAUCGUUUGUUAGAUCAGAUUUCUCAGAUCGAGCUUAACACCAAUCGGAAUCUUCGUUCUUGUGAACAUCCACCGGCUUCUAAAUCGGCCAUUGAAGCUUUGCCUCUGAUUGAAAUCGAUCCGACUCAUCUCUUAUCGGAUUCUCAAUCUCAUUGCGCUGUUUGCAAAGAGAAUUUCGUUUUGAAAUCAUCUGCUCGCGAGAUGCCUUGUAAUCACAUCUAUCAUCCUGAUUGUAUUCUUCCUUGGCUUGCGAUUCGUAACUCUUGUCCGGUUUGCCGUCAUGAGCUACCGGCGGAGGAUCUCACCGACGGAACCGGUGCUGCUUUGACUGCUGUUACCGCUACUGCAGAGGAAGAGGAAGACUCAGCUGCGGGGUUAACGAUUUGGAGGUUACCAGGUGGAGGAUUCGCUGUAGGGAGAAUCCCUGGUGGUUGGAGAGGUGGAGAUAGAAUGAUGCCGGUGGUUUACACGGAGGUUGAUGGUGGUAGACUCGGUGAUGAGAGACUUCCGAGAAGAGUAGCUUGGGGUUCGAGAAGAGGUGGAAGAGAUGGUGGAGGUAGUAGAGAGAGAGGUGGUGGCUUUGCGGGUCGGAUCAUGAGGCUUUUCGGAUGUUUUAGUGGAUCAUCUGGAUCCAUUGCUGCUGCUGCUGCUGCAUCAUCCGGGUCCGGGUCCAGAAUUCGGGUUACUCGUAGAACCAGGUCGUUCUCUAUGUUCAGUACGGCGUCGUCUUCGUCAAGGAGACGAAAUUGGCUAGCGUGAUUACUAGAAUUACCAAGCUCUCUUCUCAGGUGAAAACUAAACACGAAAGAACACACUCUUCUUCUGUUUAAAUUUUUCCUAUGUUCCUUAUUAAGUUUUUGUCUAUUUCAGUGUAAUGAUUAUAUUCAUUCCUAAAAUUUGAAUCUAUGCGAGUAAAUUGAUACAAAAUUAGGUGACAUAGUGUCUUCAGUGGCAAAUUUAGGAGGAUAUGUUACUGUGAGUCUGUGACUAGAUAAGUGAGAGUGUAGAUGAAUUGAAGAAUGUACUCUGAAGGAGAUUCAUAGUUGUUCUAUUUGUAGAAAUCGUUACGUGAGUCUAUGGAUUGUGAUACUAAUGUUAAGCAGCUUAACCAUAAAAUAGCGAAUGAUUUCCAAACGAUAUUAUCAUUACAUGACUUUUCAACAAACUUGAAAAGUUAUUUUGUGGAGUAGAUUUCCUGCAAUUCAUUUCAGAGUAUACAUAUGUGGUGUUACUAACCAAUACUAUGGGUUUUAAUAUAUAUUAACCUGUGAGUACAUACUUAGAUGACUAAAUCUUUAGUGUUCAAACCUAAGUUUUUCAUUAAUUUUUAAGUUGAUGGUUUAUUUUCCACGCCUAAAGAGAAUUAUGCUGCCAAACUUGUACAGCUAUAAUCUUGGAACUGCAGACACAACCCAAUGAUACUUACCUAGAGGCUAUAUAUAGAAGAAUCUUAUAAAGAGACCAAUUAAGUUUGAGGUCAAUAACCACAGGAAACGUGAAGUAAAGCAAUAAUAGAGUUUUUAUACAACGCAUCUGAUGAUGCUGUCGUUUAUUGGAGACAGUCUUUGUAAUUUAGCCAUUAUUUUCCAUUAAUAGAUUUGUUUAUGCCCGUUUAUGUCUCCUAUGUGAAUGUACACUUACUCUAUCACAUUAUUGAAUUUG